GGCCUUCAGACAAUCCCAGCCACGUUUAUGUUACCGACGUCCUCAACGAUGGAAAUUACGGAGAUUGGUUGGAGGAGAUGAGCAAUUGUUUACUUGCAAAGAACAAAUAUGGAUUCGUGGAUGGAUCCAUAUCUAUGCCUGAUGAAAAAUCCGCAGAUCUACUCACGUGGAAACGGUGCAAUGCGAUGGUAAAGGGGUGGUUGGUUGUUGCCAUGGACAAAGAAAUUCGAAACAGUGUGAAACAUACAAAAACGGCGCACGAGAUAUGGAAGGAUCUGGAGGAGAGAUUCGGGAAGGAGAGCGCGCCGAAGGCCUAUGAGUUAAAAAGAAAUCUCACCUUGACCAGACAAGAAAAGAUGUCUGUAUCUGCUUAUUACACCAAGAUGAAAGGAUUAUGGGAUGAAAUUGAUGCGGUCUUCUCCGCGCCGAGAUGCUCUUGUGGGAAGUGUACUUGUGGUAUGCCCAAACUGUUCGCUGAAAAGGUUGAGAGGGAACGAGUGUACGAAUUCUUGAUGGGGCUUGACGACACCUUCAACACCAUUAGAAGCCAGGUCCUAAGCACAACGCCACUGCCAAGUCUUGGAGUUGCGUACCACCUCGUUGCUGAGGACGAGAGACAACGCUUAAUCGUGAACUCCAGAAAUCCCACCAUAGAUGGAGCAGCCUUCCAGGUACAAAGGCAGGGUAGCAAGCCAGCACGUCGUGAUGACAGCAAGGAGAAAGUGACCCCUCCGCAGUGUGGAAAUUGCGGAAAACUCUGGCACACGAUUGAAAACUGCUACGAAAUAAUUGGUUAUCCAGAAAACCGAAGGAGUGGAAAAGAAACCUGGAGGAAGGAAGGUGGAAAACCAACAAAGCGGCAGCCACAUAGAGCUGCCAAUGUGGAUGGGCGAGCUACUUCAGACCCUAGUGGUGUACAAGGCUUUACUGCCGAACAGCUGACCCAACUGAAGGAUUUCCUGAUGCAUAGCAACAACAAUAGUGUGGUCUCCAAUCCAUCUGUGAACAUGGCAGGUAAUAUUAGCACUCACAUACCGUGGGUCAUUGACACAGGUGCCUCUGAGCACACAUGUGAGGAAGGCAUGUUUGACUCACUCAUGGAUGGAGACAAAGGGACUCCAGUCAAGAUCCCUAAUGGAGAUAGAGGUCCUGUGGCUGGAGUCGGAAGC